AUGGCUGGGUGCUCACCCCCAGUGAUGCGCUGGGCUGUCCGCACCACCCUUUGUAGGGACUUCCGGUGCAGUUGCCAUACCAGUCAUGAUGCGCUCAAUGAGGAGAAUGAGCUGCGGGAGAAGCUUCGCCUCGAACAGCUAUCUGACCACAAACGCAAUGAUGUCACUACCUACUCAUCCCCCGUCCAGAUGAACUAUGUGACCCGAGCAGAAGACUCCUGCCCCUACUCAGAGCGCUGCCCCGCCUUUGUCCCGCCCCCACUGCCGCCCCCCUCCAUGACUACACAGGUCUGCCCCCCACCGUCCCAACCCCCUCUUCCACCACCCUGUCCCCCCCAGGCUGGGGCAGCACCCCACCUGGCCUCCCCCAGGAGGGACCCUCACUCUCCAGGGCAGGGCCACCAGGGACAGGGUGUGCUUUUGGCUCUCUCUCCUCAGAUUGUUUCCCCUCAAUCUGGAACCCAUAAACUGCUGCAGAAGCGACAACAGCAGUCUCCCCAGCUGGUGCAAUCCUACCCUGGCUCCAUCGUCUCAGCCUCCCAGCUGCAUUCCUUACUCCCCCAGCCAGGGCCCCCCCAGACUCCGUGCGGAGGCCAGACCAGCCCUGUUGGGGGCCGAGGCAGCCCCCCUGACCUAGACGGGAAGAAGAGGCCUGGAGGGGCAGGGACAAGAGAAGUACAUAACAAGCUUGAGAAAAACAGACGUGCUCACCUGAAAGAGUGCUUUGACACCCUGAAGAAAAACAUCCCCAAUGCAGACGAGAAGAAGACCUCUAACCUCAGUGUCCUGAGGAGCGCCCUCCGAUAUAUACAGACGUUGAAGCGCAAGGAAAAGGAGUAUGAGCAUGAGAUGGAGAGACUGGCGCGGGAGAAGAUCGUUACUCAGCAGCGAUUGGCUGAGCUGAAGAACGAGCUGAGCCAAUGGAUGAAUGUCAUGGAGAUCGACCGUGUUCUCAGACAGACGUUUCAACCAGAAGACGACCAGGCUUCUACCUCUACUGCCUCAGAGGGUGAAGACGACAUGGAUGAAGAGAAUGUUCCGGCAGAACCGACAGCCUUACCCACCAUGCCUCAACAAGCCAUACAGCCUGAGUUGUGCAAGACUGUGACCUCCACUCCCAUAACCCCCACUACCUCCAUCCUCACCCAACACAUCUCCAGCCAACACAAGGCCCAAACAUACCCCCAGCCCCAGCUUCACCCCCACCUGCUGUCAGCCCUGCCUGUCUCAGCUACGUUCUCCACCCCAACAUCCAGCAUCACCACCACCCCUAUCCAGGCCCUCCUAUCGACCCACACACACAUCGUAACCUCCCCUAGCACCCUCUUCCCUGCCCACACACACAUCGUAACCUCCCCUAGCACCCUCUUCCCUGCCCACACACACAUCGUAACCUCCCCUAGCACCCUCUUCCCGGCCCACACACACAUCGUAACCUCCCCUGGCAACCUCUUCCCGGCUCACACACACAUGGUAAAGGCCCCCAGCCUGCAGCCCACGGUCAUCGCCCACGGCUCGGCUUCCCACGCCUCCGUCAUCCAGGCCGUCAACCACGUCAUCCAGGCCCAGACUUCAUCUGGAGGAGCCAAGCACCUCACCCACCUAGCCCCCUCCUCCUCAGCCUCCAUGCAGCUGGCCCCAGGUCACCACCAGCCCAUCGGACACAUCACCGUCCACCCUGUUACCCACCGGGGCAAGCACCAUUUACCCACCAUCUACCCCCAACCUGUGGCUGUCACCCAGCCAGCCAUGGUGGGCCACAUCACCCAUACCAUCACACAUGCCCAGGUCAAUGGUACUGUCCCCAACCAGAGCACAACCACCAUCAUGGGAAAGCAGAUGGGAGUUGGUGCCCAGAUGGUGGCACAUCACCCACAGCUGCUGAACCCUGUAACUAUGGUGACCAUGCCCUCAUUCCCCGUUAGCACUUUGAAGCUAGCCUGAUUUCUGAACCAGGCCAGAGCCAUCCUGAAGCUAGCCUGAGAACCAAGUACAUGAACAGGCCACACCCACCCUGAGGUGGCCGGAGUCAGACCUGGAGACCAUCUGCCCCAGAGCAGACCAGCCGAAGAGGAGCCAGCCCAGACUCCGAGCCCAAGGCAGGCCCGGACGAGGCAGGCACCAGGACUACUGUACUGACAAACAAAUGGAAAAGUCUUCAUACUGAACGCAGUCCCUAUAUUCACUGAUGAAUCACAAGCUGCAUUAUUAACUAACCUGAGGCAGUACAGCUGUCUAUAAGGAGUAACUCAGAACAUUCCAAAAAUAAACACCUUUAUAAUGGUUGAGGUAAAAGAGCCAAUGUUGUUGUUGGGCUGAGUACGAUGUCCAGGAGGAUCAUCUUGAUGUUAUUGUACAGGAUGCAGUGGAGAGGAUCACAUAGAUACAUUUUCUCUGGGCCUCAGUGUUCAUAUCUGCAGAAGCAAAACAGUAACUAAGAGUGAGAAAAGGGAGUCCUCGAAUGUUGAAUGCAGUCAGACUUGCAUAUAUUCACUCCAGAUCAGUUUUAUAUUUCUGCUACAUGUAUUCCACAGCCAAGAGUAUUUAAAAACCACACUACAAAUGACUGAUGGUGCCACUAUCAAGCACCAAGGUAUUAGAUUUAACUGAAGUCUACCACUAAUGCCAGGGCACACAUCUACCAAUCAUCUGAGUGCUGAUCUACGAUCUGUCCAUAUAAUCUUAUUCAUUAUGAUUUAAAAGGCUAAACUGAUUCUAGACGAGCACUGAGGUGCUUUGUGGAUACGGACCCUGAUGUGACCAAUCAGAAGGCAACGCGUCCAAUUUCAGACGGGCUGAAUCGGGGUCAGAGAGACGGGCAGUGUGUGAUUGGUGGGGGUUGUUGGCGUGUCAGCAUGGGAUCAGUUUGUGUGUGUGCUCUAACAACUAAGCACCAUAAAGGACCACAUUGAGAAUAUGAUUGCAGGGACCUCCCCCUCUACCCAGGCACAUGGCUGUGGAGUCAAACCCAAAACAUGGCCUGGCCUAGCCAUGCCAUGUGCUCCCCUCCUACUGCAGCACUGUCAUAUGGCUCCACAGGCUCCCCCUGCUGGUAAAAAAACAGCAUGUAAAACAGACAAUGGUCAAUGAGCAGACUAUUUUGUAAUGACAUCUAUUCAGUGGAUGUGGCCCAAGCAGGAAUCUAACCCAAAAUGUCAGCAUUCCCACCAUGCACAUGUGAACAUGACUUUUCAUGAAACUGAACAACCACUCAAUUUAGCACAGGAUGAAAAUGACAAUACUCAAGUGACUACAUAUUGCCUCAUUUGUUUUACUAAUAGCAGGAACCAGCAUAGCAGGCACAAGCACUGCAAAUAGUUCCUGGAGUAUAUAUAUAUAUAUAUCUAUGUGUAAUAUAGUGAGGAAUGUCUUGUUUAUUGAUUGUGUUGUGGCAGUGAACUUGUUAAAACAAAGGCCUUUGGCAGUGUCAUGGUAGAGAAUUUAAAUGAGGCAGUUUGGGGUUAAAGGACAUUGUAGGGCAGUCACCUACGAAGCACUCGGACAUCUAAACCUCUUUCUCCAACCAUAUUAUCUGGUAUGCCUGGUCAUAACUUAUCUAGAUUCAAUGUUUGCCUUCCACUACACUUAUGACGACCUGUGUAGCCAACAUUAAACUUUUAACUUCUAGCACUUUGAUCUGCUACUUAACCACAAUUAAACUGGUUUACAAAUGGUGUCCCUCUUCACUUAAUCUGAAUGUUUUUACGUGUGUUUGUGAGAACAGUGGACAUGGUAGGAGUCUUCAUAUUAUGCUCAUAUUUAUAAAGAAAAUAUUAAAAAUUGAAUGGAUUGUGUGUAA